ACCCAUCCUAAUGCCAGCAAACUGCCCUUAAAGGAUUCUUUCACUUAUGAUGACUACAGAUGGGCGGUUUCCUCUGUUAUGACACGGCAGAACCAGAUUCCAACAGAAGAUGGUUCCAGAGUUACUUUGGCUUUAAUACCUUUAUGGGACAUGUGUAAUCACACUAAUGGACUGAUCACUACAGGCUACAAUUUAGAAGAUGACCGGUGUGAAUGUGUAGCGCUUCAGGAUUUCAAGGCUGGAGAACAGAUUUACAUUUUUUAUGGCACUCGGUCAAACGCUGAAUUUGUGAUCCACAGUGGUUUUUUCUUUGAUAAUAAUUCACAUGACAGAGUGAAAAUAAAGCUUGGCGUGAGUAAAAGUGACAGGCUGUAUGCUAUGAAGGCAGAGGUCUUAGCUCGUGCUGGUAUCCCAACUUCUAGUGUUUUUGCCUUGCACUCUACCGAGCCUCCAAUCUCUGCCCAGCUAUUGGCUUUCCUUCGAGUGUUUUGUAUGAGCGAAGAAGAGCUGAAGGAACACUUGAUAGGCGAGCAUGCCAUUGACAAAAUCUUCACUCUGGGGAACUCUGAGUUUCCCAUUAGCUGGCACAAUGAAGUUAAACUUUGGACAUUCCUAGAAGCCAGAGCAUCCCUUCUUUUGAAAACCUAUAAAACAACUGUGGAGGAUGAUAAGUCCUUCUUGGAGACCCAUGACCUUACUUCACAUGCGAUAAUGGCUAUCAAAUUGCGCUUAGGUGAAAAAGAGAUCUUGCAGAAAGCAGUAAAGAGUGCAGCUGCUAGCCGAGAGUAUUAUACCAAACAAAUGGCAGAUGGAGCUCCGCUUCCUAAAUAUGAAGAGAGCAAUAUUGCCUUGCUGGAGAACACUGUGGCAGACUCUAGACUCCCUAUUGUCUUGAGAAACCUAGAAGAUGUUGAAGAACAAGGGGAUUUAAAGAUUGAUGAGGCUAUUGAUGCUGAAGUCACAGAGAAUGGGUUUGUAAAUGGUGAAAACUCUCUAUUUAAUGGGACCAAAUCAGAAGGUGAAAAUCUAAAUGAAGAGAAAAGCAACAGAGAGACUGAAGAUGCCAAAGAAUCUUCUUCAGAAAGUACUGAUGAGGUUAAAGAAUAGUCCUAAAAUUUUACUUUCUUGUGAAAUUAAAUUAGCUGAAGUUUA